AUGCAUUUACCUAAAGUGGAUUGGAGGGUGCUGGUGUGCAGGAAUCGAGCCAGACCCCGCGCGGUGAUUAUCCUCUGGCUGGCAUGCCAAAACAGGCUAGCGACAAAGGACCGUAUGGGCAAGUUUGGUGUUGUUACUGACCUGAAGUGCUUGUUCUGCAGGUGUAAUGAAGAUGUGCAACAUCUUUUAUUUGAGUGCUGCUACACUAAGAAGAUAUGGGAAACAGUUUUGGGAUGGCUGAAUGUUAAUCAUAGUGUCCAAGGGUGGAGCGAAGAAAGAAAAUGGCUAGAAAGAAUCUGCAGGAGCAAGAAUUGGAGGAGCAAGUUUGUACAGGUUGCGAUAGCGGAAAUGAUCUACGCCGUGUGGAUAGAAAGAAAUAAAAAGGUGUUUAAUAGAGAUUAUAGGGAAGGUCUUGUAGUGGAUAGCAUUAUAGAUAAUACUGUAAAUAGAAUUUGGGAGUGUCCAAAAUAUAGAGAUAGAAUUGCAAAGUUGUUGGUGAUUUAG